GUUAAAAAUCGUAAUAGUGUGUUACUUCCACACAGUAGAAGAAAAGCUUUGAUCUUUUGUUUUCCCAUUGGUAACAUUAUCGGAUCUCAAAGCUUCUUCAGACAGGUCUCCCAUUCAUCGGACAAAGCUGGUCUCUUUUAUCCUGAGACUGAGGUGUUAUGUGCUGAUUUUGUAAUGGAGAAAGGCAAGAGUGAGUCAUCUGAGAGAAGCUUUUGUGAAUCAGAGUCUGUAGUCUCUUCACAAUCUGACAUUCAACCUGAGAGCACAAUGGAGUCUCAUGAAGAUGAGAUACCACAACCAGAGGAGUCUCCACCUGAAGCUGAAACUGAGAAUGAAGAUUUGAAAGAAAGCAUUAGGACUUUAACCGAGAAGCUUUCAGCUGCUCUAGCUAAUGUGAGUGCUAAAGAUGAUCUGGUGAACCAACAUGUCAAAGUAGCUGAAGAAGCUGUUGCUGGGUGGGAGAAAGCUGAGAACGAAGUGGUUGAGUUAAAGGAGAAGCUAGACGCUGCUGAAGACAAGAAUAAAGCUCUCGAUGGAGCUCUCAAGGAGUGUGUUAGACAGUUAAGGCAAGCGAGAGACGAACAAGAGCAAAGGAUUCAAGACGCAGUCACCGAGAAGACACAAGAGCUGCAAGCUUCUAAAGCCAACCUCGAGGGGGAGCUUCUUGAAGCUGCAACAAAGUCCGAGGAGCUUGCCCUUAUGGCUGAAUCAGUGGCUAAAGAAAACAUAAUGCUGAGACACGAGCUUCUCGCUCGCUGCGAGGAGCUAGAGAUCAGGACAAUAGAGAGAGAUUUGAGCACGCAAGCAGCUGAAUCCGCUAGCAAGCAGCAGCUGGAUGUUAUCAAGAAAGUGGCGAAGCUAGAGGCUGAGUGUAGGAAGCUUAGGAUGUUGCUGUCUAAGUCUUCAGAUAGUCAUUCAGAUGCGAGCUGCUCUGAGUCAGGUGCAUCAACCACGUUGAUUGAGAAGAGAAGCCUUCAGGGAACUUCUUCUUGUGCCGUUGAGAUUGAUCUGAUGGGUGAUUUUCUUGAGAUGGAACGUCUUGUAGCUUUGCCUGAGACACCAGAUGGUAAUGGUAAGAGUGAACCUGAAUCUGUCCACACAGAUAACUCAUUGGCUGCUGAGAUAGAAGUAUUGACUUGCCGGAAUAAGGAGCUUGAAGAGAAGCUGGAGAAGCUAGAAGCGGUGAAGAAUGAGCUUGAAAGCAAAGUUGAAUGUAGUAGAGAAGUGGAGAGCACACUGAGAUCUGAGCUUGAAGCUAUCCUUUGUGGUAAAAUGGAGAUAGAAAGUAAGUUGAAGAAGUUGAAAAAGGAGAAAGAUGAGCUUGAAAGUUACAAAGAAGUGGAGAGCACAUUAAGAUCUGAGCUUGAAGCUAUGGUUUGUGACAAAGUGAAGCUGGAAAGUAACUUGGAGAAGUUAGAAGCAGAGAGAGAAGAGCUUGAAAGUAAAGUUAAAAGUGAUAGAGAAGUGAUGAGCACUUUGAGACUUGACCUUGAAGCUAAAGUUAGUGAUAAAGCUGAGCUGGAAAAGAAUCUAAACAAGUUAGAAGCGGAGAAAGAUGAGCUUGAAAGGACACUGAGACUUGACCUUGAAGCUAAAGUUAGUGAUAAAGCUGAGCUGGAAAAGAAGCUAAACAAGUUAGAAGAGGAGAAAGAUGAGGUGGAGAGGACACUGAGACUUGACCUUGAAGCAAUAGUUAGUUCCAAAGUGGAGGUGGAGAACAAGUUGGAGAAGAUGGAGGUUGAGAAAGCUGAGCUGCAGAUAUCUUAUGACAUAAUCAAAGACAAGUACAAAGAAUCUCAAGUUUGUCUCCAAGACAUUGAGACAAAGCUAGAGGAGAUACAAAGGGAGAUGAAAGUAGCUAACGAAUUAAAAACAGAAGUUGAGACACAGAUCGAGUCCAUGGAAGCAAAGAUUGAGUGUUUGGAAGAAGAGGUGAGGAAGGAGAGGUUAGCUUCUGAUGAGCUAAGGAGAAAAUGUGAGGAACUUGAAGAAGAAGUCUUCACUCUCCAUCAAGAAGAGCCACCAAAGAUCAAACAGGAAGACAUGGCAACAGCUGCAGGGAAGCUAGCGAGCUGUCAGAAGACAAUAGCUUCGUUGGGGAAACAGUUACAGUCUCUUGCAACGCUUGAAGACUUCUUGGUGGAUACAGCGAGCAUUCAAGCGGCUGCUACAAAUGGUGUAAGCAGCAGUAACAGCAACAAAGAGAGCUGGAGAGUGCACAAGAAUGAUACUUACAUAACAAGCAUGAAACAACCUGCCAAAGAAACAUCUUCUUCUUCUGAUGCUGCUUUGAUGCAAGGUUCAGGUAACAGAGGGAGUUCGGAGAAGAACAGGAAUGGAUUUGCUAAAGUAUUCACUCGGAGUAAAGAUGGGAUACAUUUGGUGAUUUAAGUAUAAACUUUGGCUGUAGGGCAAGAGAAAGAAUCUGUUGUUAUGUUAGGUUAAAAAGAGUUUAACACCUCUUUGUAUGUUCCAUUUCCAGAUUUUUGAAUUGGUUUUGUAGUUUAAUGAUAGUGUGUAUGCAGAGAGGAUCUUUGGUGAAUGAUGGAUGUG